AGGAUAGAAGCAGACAGCCGCCAACCCUUAACAUUGCUUGGUUGCAGACUCCCAGCGGGCAGCGCCGUCGCUGCUACCAUGUUGGCCCUCCCGCUCCCCCUUGGCGGGGUCCCCUUUGCAUUGCAGCUUCUGUAGUUGGAAUAGAGAGACACAGAGACACAAGUACUUUAGUUACAUUGUUGGGUGAGUUUGAAACAACUCCCCCUGCCUUGGGCUUACACACACUGUGACUGGAUUUCCUACCCCCCCCCCCCCGCUCCCGUGCUGUGUGCCUUCUGCUGCUGCUUAUUGAUAAAUCAGUGCAAAGCUGCAGUCUUUGAUUUUUUUUUUGCCUCCCCCCCCCCCGCGUUUUUUCCUCUCUUUUGCUUUGAUUUCUGCGCGCGCGCGUGUGUUUUGCCUCCACCGAUCUUCACAAAUCGUUCUGGCAUGAGUUAAACACCCGAUAUGGACACCAAACAUUUCCUGCCACUGGAUUUUUCUACUCAAGUCAAUUCCACGUCCCUGAACUCUCCAGCUGGCCGGGGGCCUAUGGCCGCACCUUCCCUCCAUCCAUCCAUCGGGCCAGGCAUUGGCUCCUCACUGGGCUCUCCGGGUCAGCUUCAUUCGCCCAUCAGCACUCUGAGCUCCCCCAUCAAUGGCAUGGGCCCUCCUUUCUCUGUCAUCAGCUCCCCCAUGGGGCCUCACUCAAUGUCUGUCCCUUCGACUCCCAACCUUGGAUUCGGAACUGGCAGCCCACAGCUCAAUUCUCCGAUGAACCCCAUCAGCAGCACAGAAGAUAUUAAACCGCCCUUGGGACUCAAUGGAGUUCUUAAAGUGCCAGCGCACCCCUCAGGAACCAUGGCCUCCUUCACCAAGCACAUAUGUGCCAUCUGUGGGGACAGAUCUUCAGGUAAACAUUACGGGGUGUACAGCUGCGAGGGCUGCAAAGGUUUCUUCAAGCGUACAGUGCGGAAGGACCUCACCUACACCUGCCGCGACAAUAAGGAUUGCUUGAUUGACAAGCGCCAGCGGAACCGGUGCCAGUACUGCCGGUAUCAGAAGUGUCUGGCUAUGGGCAUGAAGCGAGAAGGGAUGGAGCACCAUCCAUCCCGGCCCACAAGACUUCUGGGAAGCCAAGAAGAACAAGCUGUGCAGGAGGAGAGGCAGCGAGGGAAGGACCGAAAUGAGAACGAGGUGGAGUCGACAAGUAGCGCCAAUGAGGACAUGCCCGUGGAGAAGAUCCUAGAAGCUGAACUCGCAGUGGAGCCAAAGACAGAGACGUACAUUGAGGCAAAUAUGGGCUUGACUCCUAGCUCGCCCAAUGACCCGGUAACCAACAUAUGCCAAGCGGCAGAUAAACAGCUCUUCACCUUGGUGGAAUGGGCAAAGAGAAUUCCCCAUUUUUCAGAACUGCCGUUGGAUGACCAGGUCAUCUUACUCAGAGCAGGCUGGAAUGAGCUUCUAAUCGCCUCCUUCUCCCACCGUUCCAUAGCUGUGAAAGACGGGAUUCUCCUGGCCACUGGCCUCCAUGUGCAUCGGAACAGCGCUCACAGUGCAGGAGUCGGCGCCAUCUUUGAUAGAGUACUGACAGAACUCGUGUCAAAAAUGCGAGACAUGCAGAUGGACAAGACGGAGCUGGGCUGCCUGCGAGCCAUUGUCCUCUUCAACCCUGACUCGAAAGGACUCUCCAACCCUGCUGAGGUGGAGGCUUUGCGUGAGAAGGUGUACGCAUCACUAGAGGCAUACUGCAAACACAAAUACCCCGACCAGCCUGGAAGGUUUGCCAAACUCUUGCUUCGCCUCCCCGCCCUCCGAUCCAUUGGCCUGAAAUGCCUGGAGCACCUGUUCUUCUUCAAGCUAAUAGGAGACACGCCCAUCGACACCUUCUUGAUGGAGAUGCUGGAAGCACCCCACCAAAUGACAUAGAGAAUCUCAGCUGGGUCAGUCCCUUCACCCAGCAGGGGCCUCAGCAGCCUCCUCCCAUCUCCACUCUUCCUCUUCCUCCUCCCUCUCCCCAGUGCCAGAGACCCCGUCCGCUCUUCUCCGUCUGACCCAGGGUGACACCCCACCGGCCCUUGCCUCCUCGUUACACUGACUUCUGCUCAUUUUGUCACUGCUGCAUCGAAGGAGCUGAUGAUUGUUUUACUAUUUUAGAUGUAGAGAAGUGGGAUGUAGCGUUUCAAAAGCAAACAACCCCCCUGCUCCGCCUCCUGGCACACCUGAGUUUGAAGCCAAACUGAAGGCCAGGCUUCUCAGCUCCCUGCCUGCCCCUGCUGUAGUUGGGUUUGGAUUUCUGCAUGUGGCUGAGAUGGUUGGUUGGAAGCAGGCAGCGGGGUUGAUCCCACCCAUAGGAACUCUGAGCGGCUGGGGUUUGGAUGGACUGGGGGAGUGGUUUAAUCCUGCUUUUACCCACAGCUGGAUAUUUUCAGAGGAUGGAGUUUUUGAAAGAGGAAAGAAUAUAUAUUUUUGGUUUCUAACUAUUAGUAUUUACUUCUCUCGAGGAAAGCCGCUGUGGAAUGGCCCCUGCCAUGUCGCGAAUGAGGAUUUUUUGCAGAGCUUUCUCUUUUAAAUGAAAAGCAGGGGAUUGUGCGAUUGAUAGCUUAUCCCCUUCGCCCUCCCCAAACUAAUGACCUGAACGCAGAGAUGACCGGUCACACCGAGAGACUGAGCCCCCCUCUGUGUGUGGAGGGCAAUGUGGAUGGCGGUGACUUCAGUGCCCUGCUUUCCUUCUGGAAAAGCAACAGCGUGUCAUGAUUUUUCCAAAGAUGACUGUUCUCUCAGUUGUGGAGCUAGCCAAUCAAAACACGAACCAUCUGGAUUGCACAAGUCUGUAGCGGUUGCUUUAAGGCUGCAGUGAUUCUAAUUCCCACUCCCUCCUAAGAGUCUUACUGGGAUCCCUACCUCUCCCUUAACACACAGGCAUUCGUCAUGACCCAUAACACUACAUGCAUUUCACAUUCUGGUGUCUACGCACACUUGCUCAGCCAGGCCAAGCAAACUAGUUGAUGUUAGUCAGAUUGUCAGGGCUUCUGGGAGAGCCAGUUUGCCUGGCAGUAGAACUGAUGGCUACUAGGAGCUCGUAAUGGGCAGAGUGGUGCGAAUAACCGAUUCUUCAGCUCACAUGCACGUCGAUAGGGCCCAAUUCAUCACCGUUUUGCAAAUCAUUGACAUCAGUGCAAAACGUUACCACCCGCAUCUGACCAUUUGGCAGCAUGGGUGUAGAUGACUGCACAGGGUGCCAGGCAAUGAUAAAUUGGGCCCUAGGGCAGCACUUAAUUGGUGAGAUUGAUUAGUGAAGUGAGGGCUGUGCCUUCCCCAAAACUCUUCCCCGUCUGUUCUAGUUAUUGAUUUUUGUGGGUGAUUUGGUGCUCCCCACAGGGAUCAGGAGAUGGGGGUGCAGCUCUGUCCUAGUGGCCAAAAAGAUGAUUUUCUAUUUGCUGGUUAAAUAUUAAAUUUACCAUCUCAGAAUAGAGAUUUCAAAGAAAUCCCCUCAUUCUCCCCCUGCAAAAAACCCUUUUGGUUUCUCCAUUGGACUCUUGCACCAUUUUCUUAGAGCAACAUGUGAUGAGCAUUCAGGGACACCUCCAUUUUGGAAGGGCCCCGGGCAGGAAACCUUUGCCAUGCCUGGGGAGAUAUCCGAGAACAGCAGGGAGCACUGAAGGGACUACUUACCUUUGCAGUACCUUUGGCUGAUAUUCCAGGUUUCUGUGGUAAUUCUGAGGGAAGCUGUAUUAUAAAAAUUCUGCUUUAGCCAGGAAACAAAAAUGCAGUAACUUUAGCUUGCUCACUCAAAAAUCUCUGAUCUCUUGGACAGCAAGGUGGCUGGUGGGUUUUUAGGUACUUCCCUAAAUGCUUCGAUCCUAGAAACACCACCACUGAGGAGCAAUUACUUGCUGAUCAGAGAUACUAAUAAGAUCUUACCUAGCCAUCCAUUAAAAAGCAGGAUUGCUACUCUGUUCCCUACAGUCUAUUCCCCAGAAUUCUGUCCAGUCCAGUUUGAAAUGACCUGAGCAACCAGGACUCCACCACUUCCCUGAGAAGGGAGGUUAUUUCACAGUCUGCUGGAUCUCACUUUUACGAAGUUUUUUCCAGCUCUUCAGCCUGUUGGCUGAUUGUCCCAGGCAGCAGGAGCCGCUUUAAAAAAUGUGUGGGGAAGGUGGAUCAGUUCUUUUUUUGUUUUGUUUUUUUUAACAGACUGCUGGUUUCUCACUUAAUCUCUGUGCAUUUGCCAAAACACAGCACUGCACAAACUCUAGGGAACGUCCUCAGGUUUCUUAGGGGGCAGCGAAUCAGCCAGGUGUCGCCUGAGGCCAAGCUCGAAAACAAAUUAAAAGGAAAAGCAGAAGAAACAAUGAAGUACCUUGCUGAUUUUUUUUCAGAGGAAAGUAGCUAUUCUUAACACAUGAAAGGAGCAUUUGGGCCAAGCCAAAAACGAGAUGCCUGCAGUUGGCUCCCUACCAGGGACUUCCCUGCUACUUUUAUUUGGUUUGUACUUUAAAAUGACAAAUUAUUAGCGUCCAAAACUAUUUCUUCUCCUGCCCCAUUCGUUACAACUGGCUCUUUAAAUAGCUGCUUUGUGUCUGUCAAGUGUGAUCAAGCAAAUCCAACCCUGGGCUAUUACCUGUGUUCAUUCAGAGGCACAGUUGAAACUCAAUCUUGCAGCUGCUGCCCACUUUCCAAGCAUGCUGGCAGUUCAAGUUCCAUCAGCUAAUAAGGCCAUCUUGCAGUUAAACAAGGAUUUCAGGUCAUAACUGACCCCCAGGCCAGCCUGAAGUGUCAAAUCCACAGAGGCAGGGAACGUGUUUUGGCUGCAUUUCUUUGGUAGCCUGGGCGCCGCUGAAAAUAUUAUUAAACAGCUUCGUCCUGGAAGAAUUUGCCAAGGAAACAAGGCAAGAGAACAUAGUUAUCUAGAGGAUGCCAACGUGGACCAUCAUAGUCUAUCAGAAGAGUGAAAGAGUGGUCAGCAGGGGAUUGCGGGUACCUGUAAACUUCCCACCAGGCUGGCACAUGGGAUCUGAGCCCAAAAGCAUCAUGGUUAUUUUUAACCAGCAUUUUGGAUCAUCAUCCCUAUCAUUGCUACUGAAUCUCAGGUGUUUAAACAUUUUAGGAGUCUAAGAAGCCUGGAUUAUGUGUUAUGUCUGCCUAGACCCUACUGGCCCAAGAAUAUUAGGGUGUUUUAUUAAAGAGCCCAUUGAACCUUGAUGAAGUAUCAUCAAGCAGUUUGGCAGUUUGGCAGGCGGUUUGGCAGUCAGGACUCCUGCCCGUGACGUGUUGCGUAACCUUGGGCACGUUUCUGUGCCUUGGUUUCCCUUUUUUUUAAAUGGGAAUAAUAAUAAUAAUGCCUCCUAAGCAUGGAGCAUGAGGUUCUGUUGGAAUGCAUAGUGCUUUUUAAUUUCGAGGGGUGUUUCAGCAGAGAUAGAGACAGAUCUUCAAAUGGUGCAGAUCGGCAGAGCUGCAUUGACGUCAGUGGGGGCUAUGGUGAUUUGUACCAGCUGAAGAUCUGGCCCGCAGGGAGUCGAGGCAGCAUUUGUAGGAACGUAUUUUACCCUGAACAAACAUGAACGACCCAUUUCAGGACCUGCAAACAACAGUUACCAAAAUCAUAUGCCAACCCAAAUGUUCCCGGCCCUGCUUGUUCCCCAGCUGGAGUGACACAGAAGCCCACAUGGGCUCUGUGACUUGCAGCAGCAGUAGCAGCCUUAAAGUGACCCGCUUUUACAUGGAUUUAAUUGACUCCUUCAUUUGCAUCUUCCUUCACGUCGGUUUUUUUCCCCCUCCUCAUCAUUAUAAUUAUUAUAACUAUAAUACAUGCUUGUUUGAAGAGGUGAUACAUGGGUAAACAAGGAAAGGCACAUUAUUCACUAGAGAGCUAGGACUUUUACUUAACCAGACAUUAGUAUUCUCGCAAAAUCUGGUUCAAUUAAGGUGAUUUAUUUUUUAAUUCUUGGUUGUUUUUUUUUUAUUAUAUUUGUUUGGUGGGACAAUCUUUAAUUUUCUAAAGAUAGCACAAACAUCAGCUCUUCAGCCACCCACCUGCCACACUGGAUGUUCUUCGCUGCCUUGUGUGUGUGUUUCCACUGGAUCCUGGAACAGACUGAGCUUAAAUCAAUGUGCAUUUUAGGAUGUUUCCUCAAGAAGCCGUUGCACCUUCCCCCCCACUCCCUUCUCCCCCAAUCCCUAACUCCCAAACACCCACUUCAUGUAAAACCUUCAUCGCGGAGCUAUUUGCGUGAAAGGCCUUGAAAAUGUACAUGUACUGUAUACUUAGGCAACAUACAAUGUAACUGGCCCCAUGGUUCCUGGCAGCCUAGCUGAUCUCUGCACUUUCAACCUUUAGACAGCGGUUUCAACUCACAUCUGCGUCACAUCCGUUGAAGGGGAACUUUCCAGCCUAAACCCAGAGAAGUCUGCAGCGGGGGAAAAGUAAUACAUCAGAUUGGUUUUGUCUCAAAGGUCCAGGACUGGAAAAGCAAAUUGGCUACACCCCCAGUCCCUGGAGUUCUCCAGUGAACUGUAAGAUCCGGUCUCUCUGAGUCGUAUAUUUCUUUGGAACAGACUGCAGCCCACUUGCGUAACUGAAGAAUAUAUUCAGCCACCCAUCCUUUGACUCUUUGCCUGCUCAUCCCUUCCCUCACUGUCACCACCCAUCAGCCCGUUGAAACCAGUGCGGGUGUAAGUGGCGCACAUCCAGCAGCAAAGCUGACGCAAUUUUCUACCUGGACUGUUCAGCAGCCCUGAAGUGAUUUGCUCUUUUCCAAAGGGCAAGAGGAACUUAAAUGUUUGUAAUCAGCAAAUGAACAAAGGCUGGUUCUUUAUCAUCAGAGCAGGACCAAAGGAACCACACCUGACCACCGAUCUCCCAGUCAACAUUUUGGCACUCUUUGAGGACAAUCCUAAAUGGUGGUCGCAGUGGGAUCAAGGAUGGAGACACAUGACCUUGUAGCUGGCCCCUGUUACCAGCAGUGGCUAAAUAGCUGAUGAUGUCCCCAUCAGUGACCAGAGUGCAUGAUCUAUUUUAAGUUGAUACAUAUGUGUGUGUGUAUACAUGUAUGUACUGUAGAUAUAUACACUGUAUAAAUAUCCUCACUCACAUAUACAUAUAUUAUAACCGUAGCAAUUACAGACUUUUUGUUUUCUUUAAGUUGAUUCUUUUUUUUUCUCAUACAUUUUUGCUUCAUGUAAGCAAGUACAUUGUAUCAGAACCCCUUCUGGAUUGGCUUGCCCCAAGUCCGGAUCUUUAUAACUCAAGACAAAGGAAAUGCAUCUAUUUUAAGAUGCUUUUUUUAUUAUUUUUUUUUAAGAAGCAGGUGAUUUGACUAAAAUAGCUUUAGCAAUUCCCAACACUUAGUGAGAGAUGCCUUAGCUAUGGGGUGCAUAGCUAAAAUAAAAUAAAAUUUAGAAAGAAUUACAAAAAUAAAAAACAGAAAUAAAUAAAAAAGAAGAUAAGGAAAAAAUAUCUAAAGCAUCAAUAAAGUUUAAAAAAUCUAUUUUUGUACAAAAGUAAUUUUAUCCCUUACAUAUUCUUUGUUUUAUUUCUGCUUCUAUAGAGAUUGUUGUAAACUCUUUCUCUCUGUAUAGAUGUUCCACCACAGGGAUGGAAACCUGAAUGAGAGGGAGAAAAAAUUGACAGUGUUUUAAAGGCUUUCUAUGAAAUCUCUUUGGAAAUAUUUUUUUAAUGGACUUUUUAUUCUUUCCCCCACCACUUCUGAAAAAAAAAUUUUUUUUGGUCUCUUGUCAUGUUUAUCCGGCGUUCCUGCAGGUCUGUUUUACUGUGAAAUCACUACCGUAUAUUAUUGUUCACACACACACAAAAUGCUGCUGGAAACGCCAGUAUUUUGAUGAACAAUUGUAUUAGAAUUGUAAAAAAAAAAAAAAAGGAGGAAAAAAAAAAGAAAAUAUAUGAGCGUUUUAAAAUAUAAUCCGGUUCAAGCCCUCUUUUGUUCUUAAUGGGUGUUCUUUGAUUUACUCUUUAAAGACCUGAUCCCAACCCCAUUGAAGUCAAUGUAAAUACUCUCUCAUUGACUUCCUUUGGCUUUGGAGUGUGUCCUCCACCAGUACUUCAAUGGAAUCAUUGGCAAACUUCAUGUUUUCUCACUUGUACCUGUAAUGAACCAGUGUGCACAGCUCCACCUUGUGGCCACCUUUAGUCCUGUUUACAUUUCUACUCCACUUGGCUUUUUCUUUUCCCUACCUGAACUGGGCAACAUGAGCUGCUUGAUGUCAGAAGAAGAGAGGCUGAGAUUCGACAGCCCUCUUAGGUUAUUGUUACUAUUUGGUUUACACAUGAUCUGUCUAGGUUGGACAGAGGACAGAAAUUCAGUCCAGUAGCCAGCCACUGUUGUGUGAGAGCUGUAUUCCCGUUUGAGAACCACCGACCUGUCCACUCCAGUGUAAAACACAAGCUGUUCCUCGCCUCCCAGGCCAUGCGCUCCAGAAUACGCAGCCUGUAUGGUGUUAUGCUCUGCGAUACAUGAUCACAAGUGGCCCGAAACCUUUCAAUUGGGUUGGGUGGGUGGAGGAAAACAGACAUUUUCCUUCUCCCAUUGCCUGCUGCUCAGCCAGAUGAGCCUUUGAAUUCGCCAAAACACCUGUAGGACCAGAGAAUACUCGUGGUACAGUUCAGAACUCCAGGCACUCCUAGAGGCAAACUGGAUACUAGCUGUUGUGGGGGAAAAGCAUUCCCUCUGCCAUAGGCAAAUCACCCGUAACACCUUCCAGAUUUUGCCUUAGAUAACUUAAUAGAAAUACAGCGGUGGCAUAAUUCUCCUUGCUUAGCAUAGGGGAUACCGAGGGAAUGCUGCAGAUACUCAGGUAUUGUAAUUAACGCAGGCCAUGGGAAAGCUGUUAAGGCUGAUCACUGGAGAUUAGGGUGAACAGGUCAUAGGAUGAUGCCUAGUGUAAAACCCCCACUGCUGAUGACGAGAGCUGUGGAUGCACCAUGGAAGAGGCAACUACCUGAUCCAAAGCCAAUGUCAAUUCAGUUUUGCACCUUGUGGGCCGUAGUCAUACUUAAGGGUGUAGAGUCCUGUGCACAUGGAGUCCUUUCAUUGACAUCAAGAAGGCUUUGGAUGAGGCCCUACGUGGACAAUUGAUAUCAAUGGGAGGGGUGGGUGUGAGUCUGAACAGAGGUUACUCCUUGGCUUUUCUUUUGCUGAGGGGGGUUGUCUUGUGCAGCUCCGGUGCUUGUGAUCAGCCAGUAUAGAGAGGAGCAAGGCUGCCUUUUGGGUAGCUUAUUCCACUGUAAAACAUUGAUACCUUAAACUAAUAUAGCAGGACCGUGACUGCACAAUGGAGACGUUAAUCCACUAAGUGUUCGGCUCAGCAUGGAGAGUAGGCGCACCGGGGUCACUGUCCUUUUGUGACACUUCUCAUUCACACAGUGACAACGUUAUAUUGACACUCUGUCCCCUGAGGGCUGGCAUGAAGAUACCAGGAGAUUGUGUUAUUUUAAACCCACCUUCCCUGCUGAUGUCCAAUUUGUGCCUCUCAAGUGGAAGCAUUGCUGUGUAGGGAGGUGUCACUGAAUUCCUAAGGCAGUUUGUGUAUGAACAGAAGCUUGCUAGCAGUGGUCUGGGCUCUAACCUGAACUUGGUGCUAGAAGGAAGACUGGAUUUGCUCUUGGGUUUACAGUGGAGGUGAAUGUUCUCCAAUUGCUACAGAAUAGAUCAAAAUGUUGGGGGGGGGGGUUAAAUUGAGUUAGUGCUGAUCUGUGAAUUUAAAAAGCACUUACAUUUUGUUUGAAAAGGGAGGUGGGGGAAGUUUUUACCUUAAACUCAGCAUAUUUAGCAAGAUCUCUGCAUUUUGUGCUCACUAGUGCAAGCCUUUAGGAAAAUAUACGGCAGUAAUAAUCUGUAAUGCUACAGCGUAGUGUUACUGCAGAGUUUGAGGCUGUUACUGCACAGUACUAUAGUCAUGAUGGUUCAGUAUACAAUACUGCAACAGAGUGAAAUGGUGGAAGAUGGGCCCCAAGGAGCUUUGGACCUGACUCUGAGCUAAUGCUGGUGCAACUCUGUUGACUUCAGUGGAAUCUUUCCUGAUUCAUGCUGUAACAGAGAUCAGGGUCAGGCCUGGUAUUUGGAUCUAGAUUAGUGUUAAGAUAGCAGUUUGAAGCUCUGAGGACUAGGGAUUGGGUUGUGGUUCAGGUUUGACAGCUGCAAAAAUGGCGUGAGCUGUUCUUGUGAAAUGUUGUCUUGUGGGAUUCUGGGGAGAUCAGCUGAUUUGGGCCAUUUUGAACAGGGGACUUCUGGAAAGAGCAGCUGGCUGUAUGAGAUGUUAGCCGUCUUGUGCUGUUCCCUUGGAAAUAUUGGCUGCAUCCAGUCUGAAAACAGAUCCCAUUCACCACUGGAUCCCCAACAAAUCCAUCGCGUUUGAGGGGAAAUAUUUGGAAUUGAGCUUCCAGUUUUGCCCCAUUUCUAAGGACAAUUUAAAGAAAAAUGGAGAGGGGGUUUUACAACUAGGUUAGAUUUUAGAUGGUAAUGGGGAAAAGGACACAGUCGGAUACUGCUGAGUGAAGAAAGGUCUGGCCUUUUCACCGCUGAAAUCCCACAUAUGCUCUUAAAUACACAGGGCCAAUUCUGGGCCUCCACCCCCAAGGCAGUAUCUCAGGUGAAGGGAGGGGCAGACGGCACACAGAGCCUGUUGAGUUGACAAAUUUCAUUGCUCCUGUCUCAGAGGCUGGUUAUUUGUCUUGUUAAUCUGCAGGCAGCAGUUUGUGUUUGGAGAAUAAAUAUUUACCUCCCUUUCCUGUGUUUUUUGGUUCUCCCAAGGUGGAGCUAGGUGGCUAGGACCGAUGGCGAGGUGAUAUUCUUUCUCUUUAACAGAGGACUCACAUUCACUGUAGUGAUUGAUUAGUAGUCUGACUUACAAGCUGCUCACUGGUUUUAAAAUACAUUUAUUUUUUAACAUAAGAUUUGUUUAUAUAUUUAAAAAAGAAAGUAAACAUGAAACAGCUUUCUUUCUUACUCUUCACAGCUUCUUGGUGAUCAACACUGUGUUCGUGGAAAUCUCACUUGUGAAGUUUCUCUAUUCUUCCCUCCCCUCUCCUUUCUUUUCCUCUCCUCCCAGGGGGAGGAUUCAUGAUCAAUUUGCUGCUUUCUCCUGGCCUUAGAACAUGAAGGGAGUAAGAGGUGCGGAGCUUGGAAAACUCUUUGGGAUUUCUCUGUCUAAUGCAGAGAUCAAAGCGCCUGUUUUGAACUUUUCUUGAUUUGCUGGAAUCAGAUGAUUAUUGUUUAAUGUAAUAAAAUCUGUUACAUACAA